GGACCGGUAUAAAGCAGCGGGCUCCUGAGCCCGACCCAGCCUUUUGGGCAGAACCUGGCCCAGCCUGCUCAGUGCUCUCUUCCGUUGGUUACCACCAUGACCCCUGGCAUCCAACCCACCCUGGUCCUUGUAUUGUUCCUGGUACCUACAGCUAUCAGCAACAGCACCUUUGGCACAACUACCAACCCUGAUCAUGAGUUAGCUACAACAACAGCUCUGGACGCAAACAUCAGCAAUGAAAAUUCAAAGAAUGACAGAAAAACAACCAUUAUCCCCAGUACCACAGCUUUAACUAGCACACACAGACCCAUAAGUGCUUUUGGUGAAACCCAAACUAAUGGCCAUCACAGUACCACGACCAUAGCUCACACAGACAACAGCAUAUCUACCACAUCCAUACCCAGUGACCAUCACACCUCCACUACACCCCUUAGUCACCACAACACCACAUCAACGCCCAGUGACCAUCACACCUCCACUACACCCCUUAGUCACCACAACACUACAUUAGCGCCCAGUGACCAUCACACCUCCACUACACCCCUUAGUCACCGCAGCACCACAUCAGGACUUACUGACCAUCAUACUUCCACUACACCCCUUAGUCACCACAACACCACAUCAGCGCCCACUGACCACCACACCUCCACUACACCCCUUAGUCAACACAACACCACAUCAGCGCCCAGUGACCACCACACCUCCACUACACCCCUUAGUCAACACAACACCACAUCAGCACCCAGUGACCGUCACACCUCCAUUACACCCCUUAGUCACCACAGCACCACAUCAGGACUUACUGACCAUCAUACUUCCACUACACCCCUUAGUCACCACAGCACCACAUCAGCACCCACUGACCAUCACACCUCUACUGCACCCCUUAGUCAUCACAGUACCACAUCUGCACCCACUGACCAUCACACCUCCACUACACCCACUAGUCACCACAGAACCACAGCUACAAAAAACACUGGAACCACUAUAGCAACAACUGGUUACCCCAAAAGUAUUUCUUCAACCUUUCACCAAAAACCCACCCCCACACCCAACAAUUACCACAGCUCCAUAUCACAACCCAUUACUAUCAGCCAAAGUACUUCUCAACUCCCAGUUGUCAUUUAUGAGAGUGCCAUGUUUUUCCUCUCAUUCCACAUCCUCAACAAGAAUUUUAACUCUUCCCUGGAAAAUCCCAGUUCUUCCUACUAUCAAGACUUGAAGAAUUCUGUUAAUGAUCUGUUGCAGCAGACCUACAAAAACAAUGCAUUUGUGACUUUUUACCUGCUCCAAUUCAGAAAGGGCUCUGUGAUUACAGACUGUAUCUUGGUCUUCCGAGAGGGCAGCAUCACAACCAGUGAAGUACAGAAUCUGUUUGCUGAAAAUGCAAAAGAAAGUUCCAUGUACAACCUGCAUAUUUCACCAUCGGAUAUAACUGUCCGUGAGUGGAAUUCUAAAGCCUCAUCUACUGAUUCUGCUGUGCCCGGCUAUGCCAUUGCUUUGCUUGUGAUAGUCUGUAUCCUGCUCGCUUUGGCAAUUUUCCACCUUGCUGCCCUGGGGCUAUCUCAGUUCCGUCGGAAACAUUGUGGACAGUUGGACAUCUUCCCAUCCCAAGAUUCUUACCAUCCCAUGAAUGAGUAUCCCCCUUAUCAUACCCAUGGACGAUAUGUGCCCCCAAGCAACACGAAGCGCAGCCCCUAUGAAGAGAUCUCUCCAGGAAAUGGUGGUAACAGCCUCUCUUAUGUGAACCCGGUGGCCACUUCUGCUAACCUGUAGAGGGACGGUGCCAGCUCUGUGCUCAGGGCCAAGCACUGCCAGGGGCACUUCCCUCAUUUCUUGGUGUCCACCCCUCCCUCUCCUGGAAGGGAAAGCAAGGAGCCCUGAGUGGGUAGCGUCCCAAAGGUCCUUUCUCUGAAGGCUCCUUAGAUACAGCCCUCCACUCCCUCCCCCGCCCCCCCAAUCCAUCUCCAGAUGAAGUUGUAGGAGACUAUGUUCUGCUAUCCCACCCUCAUGCCCUGUCCUGAGGGACAGUGAUGCCUUCUGGCGGAUGAUGAAACCAAGGUGUGUUAGGGGUGGGGGAAGAGGAAUCUGUAUGUGACUCAAUAAAAUUGAUGACCCCCACAAACACA